AUGUUUGAAAGAGACAUAAAAAUGAUCGCAUAUUUUACAUGUAUUCGGUAUAUACCGAAAAAACGUAAAACAUAUUACUCAGUACUGAGACGGACACUGUUUUUGUUGCGAUUUCUGGGCGCACCCACCGGUCUCUGGCACCUGAAGAGCCCUCACUCGACGGCCAGAAGUCGACUGUCAUUAAUUGGCGCCUGUAUUAUGUUAUUUGCGUCCAACUUGGGUGCGGUGGGCGACGCCUAUCUUACCAUCAAAGAUAUCUUCUAUAUGGGUCAGAACAGAACUUUCAUCGAGAAUUCAACCAUGGUCUUUCUACUGUUGCUCAACAUCACGGGCGCAGUGGGUCUGGACAUACUCUGGUGGCGGCGAAAGCAGUUGAUCCACUUGUUAGACCUCAUCGAUUGGGAGACCAGAGAGUGCGGAGAUGGCGGACAGGGUUUGGCCACUGAAUGCAAGUUUGAUUGCAAACACUUGCGGCGAAAUAUGAUCCAAUUGUUUGCGUUUAACAUGAUUUUUUCGGUGUUUGUCAGCUAUUUGUUUAUCACAUCAUCCGAACGACCAGACUAUCCGACCCGACAUUCAUAUAUUCAUGACCUGGCAUUAGCUCUUUAUGGGAUCCGUUUCUUCACUAUAGCGGCCUUUACCCUCAUCUUUGAGCUUUUGGUGACGUUUUCGUGGAUUUUUCGCCUUAAAGUCUAUAAAGAGUUGAGACGAGUGAAGAAGAAUCUGUUAACGGAGGCGAAGAGCGGCCAAAAUCCCGAUCCGUCCGAAGCCAAGCGUAUGGAGCGCUGGUUCACUACAUUUAUUGUUGAGUUUAAGUUAUUUGAUCUCAUAUUUAAGCAAAUCUCCGGUUUUAUCUAUGGAUUAAUGGUUUGGUCCACACUAUCGCUGUCCGAAGAGUUGAUAACAACUAUUAUAACACAUAAAGUGGAGAAAAAUGAGUUGAGUCACGCCAUCAACGAGUUGUUCACUCUAUUAGUUUUGAUUGUCUUUCUUCACUCCCUGUCCGGUGUUGAGCACAUCCAAAGACAAUUGGUUAAGCAUUUGUAUCACUUAGGUGGCCCGUGGACCACGUGGUCACUCAUCGCUUUCUACGUGUAUUUCGUCAAAGACUUGGGACCGAAGCUCAUGAAGAAUGUGGAACCGUUUGGUUUAAGACAUUUAAUGCUAUUUUAUAACUUUGCGAUGAUUUUAGUGAACGGAUGGUUCUUCUAUCAGAUUGUCGUUGUCUUCAACUUUGGUCUCGAUUUAAAUCUAUUUAAUUUUGAAAAACCCGACUCUCGGGACACCAGUCCUAAAACGCUGGCGAUUAUUAGACUCUCGUAUCUGUUCUUCAUCUCGAAAUUGGUUGACUUAAUUGAAACAAUUUUCUUUGUUUUGCGCAAAAAACACAACCAAAUAUCCAAUCUUCAUGUCUAUCAUCACUCUGUCGUACCACUGAUGACACACUUGUCUAUCAAGAUAUGUCCAUUAGGUGGUCCCGGCACUAUGUUUCCCCUGUUAAACUGCCUUGUUCAUAUUGUGAUGUACACGUAUUACUUAUUGUCAUCAUUGGGUCCAUCGGUGCAGAAGUACUUGUGGUGGAAGCGAUACAUCACUCAAAUACAACUCAUUCAGUUCGUCAUAUUCUCCAUCUAUAGUAUAUUCUUCUUCGUCUACCAAAGAGGUUAUCCACCGAUUUUUCAUUACAUCGGAUUGUGUCAGAUUAGAGUAUAUAAAUAUCAUUACAUCGUUAAAUGA